AUGAGCGACUACUUGCCGUUUGAUGGUGAUAAUAAUCAAAUAUUUUUCUGUAUAUUUUCAGAUCAGAGUCGUGAAACACCACUGAGCGUAGUCGCUACUGACUAUACCCACUAUGCUGUUGCGUACAGCUGCAAGUACGACGAUCAGACCAAGGCACACACAGACUCAGCAUGGAUCCUCUCCCGUAGCAAGGGCCUUGAAGGAGACGCCAAGAAAGCCGUGGACAACUUCCUCAAAGCCCACACCAAGGAGAUUGACUCCACCAAGCUGAUCGUGACAGACUUCACUGAAGAAGCGUGCAAGUUCACCAGCAGCAGCCCAGUUACUCAGGCGCAGGCGCAAAAGAAACAGUGACUAGAAAAGAGCAAGUUGAAGACAUGUUACUAGAAUAAGUUUUGGUUGGCAGUUUUUUUUAAAUAAAUACAAUUUUCUGAUCGAAA